AUGUUCUACACAAAUGUAACAAGGAUAAAAGAUUUCUUCAUUGUUGGAUUUCCUGGACUUUUACCAGAGCAUUAUGGUCCUGUGUCGGCCCUGCUUUUUGUACUCUUCUUGGCCAUAGCUGUGGGAAAUAUUUUCAUUUUAGCAUUUGUUAAAUAUGAACAGUCUCUUCACAAACCCACCUAUCUGAUCUUUUGCCACCUUGCAUUAUGUGACUUUGUGUUUGGGUGUGUUACUCUUCCAAAGAUUAUAUUAAAAUAUUGGUUUGAUGACAGCAUUAUUUCAUUUUAUGGUUGCUUUGCACAAAUGUAUUUUGUUCAUUUUUUAGGGGCAACUCAUUCUUUCAUCCUGAUGGUGAUGGCCCUUGACCGUUUUAUUGCAGUUUGUGCUCCACUGCGUUACACAGCUCUGUUCACAAACACCACAGUGUCUGUGCUUUGUGGAAUAUCAUGGUUUAUGCCAAUAACAUGGAUGGUGGGUAUAGUUUUAGAUGCUCUUGCAUUGCCUUAUUGUAAUUCAAAUAUAAUUUUACAUUGCUAUUGUGACCAUUUAUCAAUAACAGGACUCGGAUGUGAGAAUGUACGAAGAGUUCAGCUAGUUGGACUUGGUCUUGCCAUGUUCAGUUUGUUGGUGCCUCUGGGUUUUAUUAUAUUCUCUUAUUUUGUCGUCAUUGUUGCUGUAAUUCGUAUGUCCAGCUCUGAAGGCCGCCUCAGGACUAUGUCUACCUGCAUGCCACAGCUCCUUAUCACAUUUCUGUAUUAUAUGCCACGGUGCUUUGUGUACCUGGCAAAUAAUGUAGGUUUCACUUUCAGUGCUCCAGUUCGCAUUGUUGUUGUGAUGCUGUACAGUCUUUUACCUGCUGCUGUCAACCCAAUAAUAUACUGUUUCAAAACCAAGGACAUCAAAGAAUGCUUGAAGAAGAAAUUCUUCACUAGGAAAAUUAAGAUUAGCACAAAAAAUUUAUCAAAUCCAAUCCAGCAGUGUACAAUUAAAUAA